AUGGAACGCGAAUCCAGAUCCCCCGAGAUCGAGUCGAACGAAGGUGCUGGCUCUCCCGAAGCAAGCAGCGCCCGGCCUAAUCCUUUCAAAGGCGGCGACGAGAGCUCGCGAAAGCGACGGCGAACCUCCCUCAACGUCGAUUCUCGAAGUCGAUCCGUCGAGUCUGAUGCACAAUCUCCACACGAGACCCCGAUAGUCGACACAAUCCACCUUUCCUCCUCCCCGCCUGCCGUCGAGGCCGAACCCGACGACUCUAUAAUGAUCAUGGACUCUGGCCCGGCUCCCUCAUCUCCCCGCACUCCCGAGAGAACUCCCAUACAGAACCCGGGCGACAUAUUGCCACCCCCUGGGUCUGAGUCUGAGACCCGUCAAACCACCGGCCCUUCGCCCCGUGUGACGCUUAGUUUGCGGAAUUCAGCCCCACGGACACUUGACACAAUACCCUCGUCUCCACCAGCGAGCCCGACACCCUCAGGCCGACCAAGCGCCGAGCACACCAACGACAACAGCAUGGCACCACCAAACGGUCGGAAAGCAGCCGACGGGGCUACCCUUGCUGCCGAUGCCAUGAACGCCACUCUCCCUAUAGCCAAUGAAACUACGCAACCUUCUGACACAGACCGCUCUCGGACUACAAGCCCACAAAUAGAAAUCGUCGAUAUAGUUUCUGACGAUGGUGACGCUGGCUUUGGUCCGUCGGCGCCGAAUGUCACCCUGCUCUCGGAAACGACCGGUGUGCCACUCGACACCAUCGUACCGGACCCCUCAGACGACUUUCCGUAUCUUACCAAUGGUGAUGCGCCGGCUGAUAUAAUGAUGGUUUUAAUGGGUCCGCUCACGCAAGAUCCAUCGAUAUCGCAUCAACUGCAAACUUGGAUCGAUCAAUACCUUCUCUUUGCCAAGACGUCUCCAUUUGAACGAGUCUACGAGUCAUACACGGUUCAUCGUUCGCUGUGGUUGGCUCUCCCAGACUUAAUAUGGGGCACGCCCAACCUGCGUGCGCCUGGCUUUGGGACUGCCGAUUUGGAGACAAGAUUGAAGGUCUUCACGUUCUGUGUAUCCUUUGCACGACUGGCCGCGUUUUUUGUUGAAUUCGAGGUCAAUCUGCUACAGCGUCUCAGUUCGUCGGGGAAUUUACAAUCACGCGAGCACAUAUCUACCUUCUAUCUGCUGGCUCUGAUUAGCCUGACCAAACGGGACAUUUCGCUUAAGGACGAAGACCGGAUGGAAGUGGCUUUUGAGUCUGAUGACACUUCCGCUAUUUUGGAACAAUUUUCCUCCUUCCACCAAACCGAGCGGGGCGGCACGCUUCGCCUCUUGUACCGUUUGCUGGAGCUGCAGGUUCUCAUUAUGCCGACCGACCCCAAAAUUAUUGAGAACUUCUCCCAGGUUUGUGUGAUAGCUGCUUGUAUCACCCGCGAAGCUUAUCGCAAUGUUGCACGUGCGGACCAUGCUCCCUUUGCCCUCGCGGCCGAGAAGGAUGUGCUCGCUCUGGGACGCGACGUUUUUAACACUGCUUCUGCCGCUCUUGAUACCGCCAUUACGAAUCACAUUACUGCUGUGAGCCAAGACAACGCUAGUCAUUGCAUCGCUUCCCUUGGCGACCUGGUCUAUAUCAAUCUCAAGGUCGACGAACAGGAAGCUGUGCGACUUGCCACCAGCAUCGAAGAGCGCUACCCAAUGCCUCUCGAAUGCAUUCCAGACGCAUUUGCUAUGAAGUGGCGCUUCACCAUGUUCUGCCGCCUAAUCAAGAACAGCCAGAUGCAGCUUCGGCUCAUGGCUGUGACUAAUUUAUGUCAAGAGUUGGUCGGUUGCUGGAGGCGAUAUGGUGACCAAGCUCAGGAACACCUGCAGGACGAGUACGUUUUACGAUAUGUGACGGAUGUUCUCGCCAAUACCGGUGUCGUGGCAUACAUGCUAGGCCCUACAUGUCACCCCGAGAUCACGGCGGAAAGUGGCAAUAUUAUCGGCUUUUUGGCAGUGACCCGAACGUACACCAACGCCCACACCGAUCUCUUUUGGCAGACUGUGACAAACACGCAAAACCCUCGAAUCUCCGAAGCUUUGAUUCGGACCGCAUGUCGCAUUGGCAAUCUGUUUUCAUUCGAGGCUGCGGUUUACUUUUGCCGAGGAUUUUUGGAGGUGCCGAUCGCGUCAUUUACGCCAUCCAUGCGCGAGCUUUGUGAAGUCUUCCUCCGCCAUGUAUGCAGCAAAGCACCACAAGAGUCUGAGGCGUCCAUGGAUAGCAUCAUCCCCUUCGAUGUAUGCCUACAGCUGCUGCGUGAAUCGUCCAUCCCGAGUGCGACUGGCCCAGUAGCUUACCCCGAAGUUCAGGGCUUCGCUAUUGGCAAGCUCAGGGAGUGCUUGGCCAGCGUCCCGAUUGACCUCGACCAGCGCCAGAGCCUGUACCAAACAUGCUUGCUGGAUCUCACACAGAAAUCGAGAACUACGUUGGGCAGCCUGAGUGCUAUCACGAUCAUAAAUGGGCAUUAUGGAAAUCGCGAUUUAGCGUUCUUGACAGCCGAACAUGACCUGACGAAGUUGAUUGUGGACGAGCUUGAAGACGCUAUUGCAAAAGGACGUACACUUGCUAUUCCCGGGGUGAUCAGCGGGCCAGCAAAUGCGCCUCGUCGCGACAUCAUUUACUCUGUCGUACUCAACCAUCCCUACACCUUGACCUCUGAGCUCAGUGCCCGGCUUUGGGAUAUGAUGGCGGGUUCUGCGGCCGCCUGCAAAGAAGAUUGUAAUGCCUCCUGGAACAUCUUUAUCAUGUGUCUUCGGCGUGGCAGGCCACAAGAUAACAACCCGUUCUUGACACAAUGUCUCACCGAAUUUCUGCCCGGCCUUGCGCCUGACUGUUUCUGCGAGUCGCUUCUCGAUUUUCUUCGCGAACGGCUCAUUCCUUUAUUGAACGAUAUUGCCUGCAGUCUUUUUGACGUCGCUUCAACUAAGGGUCAGCAAAGCAAGGCAAUUGUGGAUGAAGACAAGAGUAUUGAUCGAAUCACUCUGGAGCAGCUGUGGCGCAUUGUUCUGACUGCACCGCCUAACACGAUUGAGCGCCAUGCCACGCACUUUCUCGUCAAGGAUGUGUACAUUGACAGCCAGUGCAUCAGGGCCUUCCCGCUGUACAGGUCUCGGAAGAUCCACUUAGCACUGGUGAGCCGGUGCUUGGAACAGCUCUCGUCCGCGGCGAAGAACCUGAAGUAUGCCACAACCGAAAAGGCCAUGACCAAAUCUGAAGACGACAACCAUUUUGCGGGACCUACUGAAUCGGCGUCAUUUAUAUACGAGCAAAAGCUCUUGUUUAUCCGAUCUCUCAAGGUUUUGCAGGAAUUCCUUCACCUCUAUCGCGCCAGCUCGCAGUUCUCGACUCCUGAUCUGCGCCCAUUCAUCACGGAUAAACUUAACAGUGUCGCUGGCGAGUCAGCAGAGCUCAAGUACCAGUCGUUUGACGGUGACAGCCAGACAGAGGUUAAGCCUCUGAAUAUUGGCCGUCAAAACACAGCCGCAUCCCUGCUAGCGAGCCUGAAAGAAGUCACUGGCUUUGACAACUACCGUAUGUACUAUCGAGGGCAGGCUUUCGCACCCAAGGGCGGCGACAUCUGCCGGUCACUCGAAGAACUACGCAUCCACAACGGCCUCAUCCUGGUAAAGAGAGAUGUCGACCCGGAAGACGAUACGGAAGAGACGUAUGCUGGUGGUUCGCCUGUCGAGGCCGAGAUCCUGAAGCACUUUCACGAACUAUGGGGCUACCUCAGCAUGGAGGAGCAGCUUGCAAGUGAGAUUCAAGAAUUUCUUGUUGAGCUCACCAUAGACGAAGAGUUUUUGCAUCGGUUCGACAAAGAUGGUGUGUCCUACAAGGAUGUUUUCUACAUCGGACAGCCAUACAAAUCCCUGUACACACUGCACGCGUUACGCGAAUAUCUUGUGCUUCGUCACCGAACGGAAUCUGAGGCCGUGACUGUCGUUUCUAGCUCGUGUGAGUCAGAAGAUACGGAAACUCAGAUGAGGACGCCAGACUCGGCAGAUGCCCAACUUCAAGGGCCCGAGUCCGCCGCAGAUGCUUCCUCGCCAAAAAACAACGAGCCUCAAGUCACGACAUUGCCGGAAGUUUCCAGCCCAACAACGCCAACGCUACCUUACCAGUCUGCUCUCGCCCAAGUCACCAACCUCGUGACAUCUGCGCUUUGCGAUCCGAGCGUCACAGAGAUAUCCGCAAAUGCAUGCCUGCAGGUUGAGCUCAAAGCGAAGCUUCUGCAAAUGCUCAAUUUCGCGUUAAGCAGCUCGCAGCUUAACGACUCGGCGUCCAAGAGCCUCGACGCCAAGCUCUUGAGUCGUCUCAUGGAAAUAUUGUCAGCUGAGUUUCAGAGUUGUUUAGAGGAGUCGACGCGCGUUGUCAGACUGGCUUUUAAAGUCAUCAUGAACGCCUGUGCGCUGAGCCGCGAAUUUUGGGAGGCAUUCCGGACCCACGAUAACACACCUUUCCUGAUCGAGCAACUUCUUUUGCUGGAUGACCGUCUGGACAUUCGACAACUUGCAGUGGUUCAAAUCGGCAACAAAAUUCGAUCUCAAAAUACCCUAGUUACCGUGGGAGCGUCUGAUUUCCGAGAAUUUUUCUGGCCAGUGGUCCUGGCAAUUGUGCCAAAGGCUGUUCUUGAGCCGACGAAGUGCGAGGGAGUCUUCAACUUGGCGGACCAGCUAUUCGGUGAUUUACUUGAGGCCAAUUCAUCAACACUGGAUAUUCCGGCUUUGUUGAGUUCGAUGGGCGAUCUGAUCCUGACCUGCACAACUUCCGAGGAUGCCACACAGCCGGAGUGUGCCGAUUAUGCCAUGUUUGGGUUGUCUCGGCUGUUCAGUUCGAUCUACCGUGCGUCACAGAACCUUGACAUUGUUGGCGCCGUUCCUUCAAGCUUCAUGAACAAACUCUUCUGGAAGCACCUGUUCCCACCGUGGCGUAGCAGUGCCUCGAACAUAGAAGGAUCUUCCGCCUCCUCUAAACUCUCGUAUCCUCGCAUUGUUGUCAGCUCACAGACGAGAGCACUCUUGAUGAAGAUUAUCUCUGAUCUCAUUGAUGACAAUGCAAACCUUCUGCCGAGUAUCAUCCGGAAUCUAGAUCAACUCGUCCCUUGCGAGAAGUCCGAGGAUGAAGAACCUUACCAUUACGAGCUGCCGUCACUGUUCGAUCGAUCAAAGGCCUUGCGUGCCCCCUGCGGCUACGUUGGCUUGCGGAAUCUAUCCAACACAUGUUACUUCAACUCUUUGUUCACACAACUGUUCAUGAAUGUCCCUUUCCGGCAGUUCAUGAUGAAUGUUGAAGUGCGCGAUGAAGGUGACACGCAGAAUCUGCUUUUCCAGACUCGCAUAUUGUUCGGCUUCUUGCAAGACAGCAUCCGGCGGUUUGUGGAUACGCAAAUGUGUGUCGGUAGUGUCAAAACAUACGAUGACACCACAAUCGACAUCCACAACCAAAUGGACGUGGACGAGUUCUACAAUCUCCUCUUUGAUCGGUGGGAAGGACAGCUCCUGUCAGAGGAGGACAAAAAGGUGUUCCGGUCCUUCUUUGGAGGCCAAAUUGUCCAGCAAUGCGACAUCAAAGGAAAGACGAGCCUGCAGGAAAGCUUGCGUGCCUACGUGGAAGGUGAAAUCAUGGAAGGCGAUCAUCUUAUCUUCCACCUCAAGCGCUUCGACUUCAACCUACGAACGCUUCAGCGCAGCAAGAUUAACGACCGCUUCUCGUUCCCCCAUGAGAUUGACAUGCGCCCAUAUACAAUUGACCAUCUCAGUAAUCCCGAUGAAGAGCAACCGUCCGAUAUAUUCGAACUUGUCGGUGUCCUAGUCCAUUCGGGCACGGCAGAGUCCGGUCAUUACUACUCGUACAUUCGUGAGCGACCUACUUCCAACGAGAACGAGAGCUGGGUGGAAUUCAAUGACGAUAUAGUCAGCACUUGGGACCACUCUCUGAUGGAGUCGAUGUGUUUCGGAGGUACGGUGGACCGGACCGGAAGCCUUUACAGCGUUGAUGCCAACAAUGGGAUCUCGUCGGAAAAAGUAUACAGCGCAUACAUGCUCUUCUACCAGCGGUCUUCCUCGCUGAAGCGAGAGCAAGAUGCGUUGGCUCUGUCGGGCAGGUCCAGCCCGUCCAAGGCCGAGAUCCCAGCAGCACUUUCCGACCAUAUUCAUAACGAGAACACGUCUCUUGUGCGCCGGCACGCGUUGUACGACCCUCAGCACUUGCCAUUUGUUAGCAAGAUGCUCAAUCAUGUUCAGUUUGCUAGGCCGGGUGGCGAAUGCUCGGCGAACCAUAGACUGGAGAACCUGGCCAUCCAGAUGGCUCUCAGUCACCUUGACCAAGUCGCAUCUCGAACUAAGGACACUCCCGACUUCCAAACACUGUUCAAUGGUGUCUCUGCAAUGGGCAAGAAGUGUGCCUUGUGCUCGCUGGCCAUCUUUGAUUACUUCGAUUCCCGGCCUGAAAUUCUUAAGCAGAUGGUGCAGCGGAGUUUGGACCCCGAAGUGCGACUUGAAAUGGGCCGUCUGAUUAUUGGGUCUCUUAAGAGCAUCAAAGCGGCUUUCCCCAUUAGCUAUACUUCAUUUGAGGACGAGCCUGAGAUGGAUACCGACGACGACGAACAGAGCGGAGUUGGUGUACUCGGUAAACGCACCGAGUUACAUCGUAGCUCAUCGAUCAUACACAGUGCAGCCUACAUGAUGCAAAUUUUGUGGGAGACUUUCCACCUUGUAUCAAGAUCAUGGAACGAGGUCUUUGGCUUCAUGUUGGCAUUUGCUAGUAUGGGCCGCGAGGAGGUAGGAAUUUUCCUAGACCUCGAAGGCUUCCGACGCACCAUCUUGACCAUAUCCGCCGACACUGCCUUCCCUCUGGAUCAGCAAUUCUCACGAAUGGUUAUCAUGCUGCAAAGACGAAAUCGACCCCCAUCGUUCGAGAAUGUCAUUGCCCUGUUCGGCACGCUGCUGGUGGGAAUGUACCCAAGCCGCCCGCAACCCCGGACCGAGAGCGAAAUGUACGUCAACGACAAUACGAACCGGUUUUCGUUGGCUAUUAGUGACGCGGAAGGUGACAUUCCCAUGUCCCGCACUGAGUACCUUCUCAUGGGUCGCGACUGGAACCGCGACUUUGGUAAUGUGUUUGUGGACAAGUUAAUUGCCAUUGAUCAAAACCCACAGGCCACAAAAGCUAUUAUAGCUCACUUGAUGGCGACGCAUCCGGCCAUGGAGGCUAAGAUUUACACUACGCUCAAAGCAAAUGUCUCGUCCAACGCUGCUGCCGCUCCACAAAGUCCGUUCUUACGGGCAACGAUUGUAUUUUUGCAAAAUGCCAAAUCAGAGCCCUUGGCGAGUGGGAUGAUGAAGCACCUCUCUGAGCAAUGCCGUGGUGUGGCGCAUGGAGAGGGUCGGAUGUUCUUUGAGACAUUGCGUGGUCUCUACCAUGGCAGAACGGCUGCAACUGGCCAGGUCGAUGUGAAGGCAAUCAUCGACGGGCUACGUUACAUUCCCAUAUGGGUCCCCGGUCUACUGUGUUACUUUGACAUGUCGGUUACUAGUCAUGUCGAGGCGUUCUUGCAAGAGAACAUCUUCUCGUAUGGGCCGAACCCACAAUUUGAAGAGGACGAAGGAGGCCAGGAACGGGCCACAGAGCUGGUGUUGGCGGUGAAGCGGCUUGGUGUCGAGAUGUUCCAGUACAUACAGGUCGCUUUCAUCCAGCGCGAUGCCCCAAUCGGCGGUACGGUCGUCGGUGCCGUCCAACGACUAAUGGCUGAAUGUGUCCCAUAUUACUCGCAGGCAGAUGGCGAGCCCGAGGACGAACUAUCUGCUCAAUUCCUCAACCUCAGCACAAGUGCGUAUUCCGUCACCUUGAAGGAUCCCGAUUGA